AUGUUUUCAAAAUUCAAAAGUGCAAUCGUUAAUGCGGUCAGAGGAUCGGAUGGUUUGGACUACGUCGGAAAUCAAAAAAAUACAACAACAACAAAUUCCAAAUACGAAUACACUCGUCCGAGUUUUUUAAAUUUCUCUGAUGAAAAAGUCAACGCGGCUUCGGAUACGGAAAUGAGACCGUUGAUACUCCCCCGGGAUCUGGAAUUCCCAUUCAAAGCCGGAUAUUGCGAAUGCAUCAACGCGGGAAAAUCAAAACUCAACGAGGAUCAGGGAGCCGUUUGGAGGAGAAAAUUAACACCCAAAUGGUGGGCGAACAUGCCCAAGGAAUCGUUGGAAGCUAACGAAGAUAACGUGAAUAAACUCGAAACGGAUACAUUCGAUGUCAAAGACCCAUCUUUGACUUACACGGUGUUUGCCAUUUUCGACGGGCACGGUGGACCCAUGGUUGCCGUAAUUGCAGCAAAAGAAUUGGAAUCGAUAUUGCACGAGAAACUCGAGAACGUCGCGGAUAUAUUGAUACCGAAUAAUAACAGUUACGAGGGUGACGUUCAAUUUCAAAGAGGUGGCAUGAAGUAUCAGGUGGAUUUUAGGAAACCCGUAAAUGCAUCGCAGGUAAUCGUCGGAGCGUUGGAAACGUCUUUCAUUGAAAUGGAUAAGAGAAUAGGAGAAGAUAAGGAGAAUUACGAGGUGAAAGGUGGUUGUACCGCUUUGGUGGUGUUGUUCAUGCUCGGUAAAGUGUACACCGCAUGUGCGGGUGAUUCGCGUGCGAUCGUGGCAGUAGGGGACAGAGUCGAACCCCUUUCCCGAGAUCACACUCCCACGUCGGAACGGGUGCGCAUAUGCAAUGUCGGAUAUCAAAAAUCAUUCCUGUUGAAAAACGACUACACUUCGUUUGAAUAUUACAGACGACCAACGUCCCAAGAUUUGGGCAAACCCGUUUUGUACCGUCAUCCGGAGGGUUUGGGAUAUUCUUACCGCACCAUCGUGCCGGACGAUUUAAAAUUACCUCUGAUUUCGGGAACCGGAAAGAGAGCGAGACUCAUGGGUACCAUCGGAGUGACUCGCGGAUUCGGAGAUCACGAAUUAAAGGCGUUGGGAUCUCUGGUGAUGAUAAAACCAUUUCUUUCGGCGAUGCCGGAAAUCCGCGUAUUGGACAUAACAAAACUAUCGUUGGCUGCCGCCGACGUCAUCAUAAUGGGAUCCGACGGAUUGUUCGACGUCACGGAAAACGGUCAAGCCGUGAAUGCCGUUCGAACGUCUUUUAAAAAAAUGAUGAACGAAAACAAGGGGAAAACAACCCUUUCGCCGACGUCGGACGACAAGCAAUACAUGUGCGCGGCACAAGAUUUGGUCAAUUACGCACGCGGUAAACCCUCGACGGAAAACAGGUCGUGGAAAAAAAGCGACGGGAAUCCGGCGUCGGGAGACGACAUAACCGCGUGGGUCAUACCUUUGCUUCCAUAUUUAAAAGAACACGAAUCGUGGUGCCUGAAAACAAUUACGGAUGACGUGCCUGGAAAAGACUGUUUGUUGUCGAGCGACGUCGAAGACUAA